GUUGAACUCGUGUACUGUUUUUUUAUAAACAAGUCACAGUUUAUGUCCCGUUUAAUAAAACUUUGUGAUAAUCACAUACUCCAAGUUUGUAUUAUGAGUUAAAAUAUAAAACGAGUGACAUGUUAUUUAGUGAACAAAUGGAAACUUAAAUAUUAUAACAUAUAAUUUACGGUAAUACCUGACUCUUCUAAUACUGUUAGCAGACUUCAGAUAAGCAGAGUAUCUUUAUUCCAGGAGAUUACUGGGCGUCGCGUAUUGAUUUCCAAUGUCUGAAGUGGCAAAAUACAUAAGCAAGAAGGGCGAAUUCGUUCGCAAGGACUCCGUGUUCAGGAACUGGGUCACUGCGGACGGUUCAAGCGGAUUUCUGGCGGAGGCAGGUCGCUACCACCUGUACGUAUCCUUGGCAUGUCCCUGGGCCCACAGGACCCUGAUUAUGCGGCGUCUCAAGGGACUAGAUGACGUCAUUUCCGUGAACAUUGUCGACUGGCAUAUGACGCGACCUAAGGGAUGGGCGUUCUCCCCGGAAAAAGCCGGCUGUACCCCGGACACUGUGAACGGGUGCCAAGCUUUGAGCGAAAUAUACAAAAUGGCAAAUCCAGACUACGAGGGUGCCUGGACCGUUCCAGUGUUGUGGGAUAUACAGCGCCGGACCAUCGUGAACAACGAGUCGAGCGAGAUCAUCCGAAUGCUCAAUUCUGAAUUCAAUGCAUUCUGCAGGACGUCAGAGCAGCGGCAAUUUGAUUUCUACCCUGAGGAACUUAUAGGCGAAAUCGAGCAGCUGAAUACAUGGAUAUAUCCGAACAUCAAUAACGGCGUGUACAGAAGCGGGUUUGCACAGUCGCAGGCGGCAUAUGAUGAAGCAGUCAUGGCCCUCUUUGACAAUCUAGAUAAGGCGGAGAGUAUUCUUGCCGGAAGUCGAUUCCUCGCGGGACCGAAGAUGACAGAGGCGGACAUACGGCUUUUCCCGACACUGGUCCGCUUCGACUGGGUUUACCACGGACACUUCAAGUGUAAUAAGAAGAUGUUGAAGGAGUACCCAAACCUCUGGGCGUAUACACGGGACAUAUACCAGACCCCAGGGGUGGCUGACACCGUUAACAAGGAACACAUCCGCAGGCACUAUCACGAGUCUCACCCCAGCAUCAAUCAGUUCGCCAUCACCUCCAUAGGACCGGAUCUGGAUUUCAUGGAGCCACACCAGCGCGAGACUUUCGGAGUUUUAAAUGAAUACCGUGCAAAACAUUUAUAGGUUUACUCAGUAUGUUGUUGUCAUGGUGUUGACUUCGUCUAUGCUUGAUUUGAUCAUUCAACCGCGCAUGGGGAAAACUGGGCUUAAUUCAUCUGCGAUAAGUGUCCUCGAAGACUAGCCUGUGCAAUGCACACACAUUUAGGGGGUUUCCGCCGAGCAGAGACUUCCUUUCAACGAAAUAUACUAUAAAAGCGGAAAAUGUCGUUCGCGAUUAGCCUGUGUGGACUUCAAAGGCAAAUCUGACACGACACUUUACACACAUGCAUUAUGCCAUGCUUCCACAGAGCGAGGUACACUUAUAGAAAACCUUAAAACUAAAAUGAUUAUUCUGUUAAGUAGAACCCAAAUGUUAGAAGCAGGAGUUAGAGUCAGUUCAUACACAUUAAUUAUAUAAAUUGAUUGCAUCGUAUAACAUUAAUAGAUUUAAAACAACAUAACAGGUGUUUUACAAUAAGUCGUUGAAAGAGCAUAUAGGUGGAUCAGUAGAAAAAUAGGUAUAACAAAUCGACGCAAUUGCAGCCUUUGAGAGUAGAGCUGCCCUAGACCCAUGCAGUUUGAACGGAGAUAAAGAACCUAUUGAAAUGAUUCUCAUAAAUUCUUCUAUUUGUUUUGCAAGUAUCAGUUUCCUGAUGAUCGGGAUUACAUUAUUUGUUACAAUUGAUUGACUUGUUAGGUUAACAGACAUGAAGACGGACACACAGAAUAGUUUAUUAACGUCUCACUUUUGUAUAUAAAACUAAGUAAAGCAGUACACAAUUAUUAUACACCGGUAUACAUGUAUAUGUACACAACCACUCUAAAAGAGUUACGAGAGACGAACUGGAGAAUAUUUUUGGAAAUACUUGCAAACACAAACUUGCUUAAAUUUGCACAAUAAUACAAUGUGUUUGUACUUUAUAUUAUAUUAUUUUGCAUAAUGCAGAAAAAUAUCAAGUAAACAUUUAGAACGUUAUGACAGAGUAUAUUUUUGGAAAUACAUUUCUAUUCACCAA